AUGUCUUACAACAUCCCAGACGAGAACACUCCCAAGCCUCCUGGUCAGGUUCGACCAUAUCCAAAAGAAACCUCGACAGGCUCAGUCGAAUUCACAGUCCCCAAGACUGGCGAGAAGGGAACAACAAUCUACAGAAUAUGGGGCAAACUAUCCCCCGAUGUGACUCCCUUGAUCUGUCUCCACGGCGGACCAGGAAUGCUGCACCACUACAUCCGCCCCAUCUCCCUAAUCGCCAGCGAUUACAACAUCCCCGUAAUAAUGUACGACCAACUCGGCUGCGGCGACAACACCCACCUCCCCCACCACAAACACGACACCAGCUUCUUCACCUUCGCCCUGCACAUCGCGGAGCUUGAAAACCUCAAACAACACCUCGGAAUAACCACCUUCUACCUCCUCGGCCAAUCCUGCGGCGGCAUGGAAGCAAUCGAAUACGCCAUCGACCACCGCCCAAAAGGCCUCAAAAAACUCAUCAUCUCCAACUCCCCCGCGGCAAUGCCAACCUGGAGCAAAGUCUGCAACGGCCUCCGCGGCAACCUACCACAAGACGUCCAAGACGCCCUAGACACACACGAAGCCGCCGGCACAACCGACUCCAAACCCUACCAAGACGCCACCCUCGCCUUCUACCGCCGCCACCUCUGCCGCGUGCACCCUUUCCCCGCCGACCUCGAAGCCUCCCUCGCCGGCAUCGCAGACGACAACACCGUCUACGCCACCAUGAACGGACCGUCUGAGUUUACUGUGGUGGGCACUGUGAAGGAUUGGGAUUAUGUUGGGAAGUUGGGGACGAUUGAUGAGGAUCUCGUGCCUGGCGGGGUGUUGUUGAUUAAUGGGAAAUAUGAUGAGGCGCAGGAUGAGGUUGUGUGGCCGUUUUUUAAGGGGAUUCGGGCGAGGUGUAAGUGGGUUACGUUUGCGUUGAGUAGCCAUACGCCGUUUUUGGAGGAGACGGAGAGUUAUGUGAAGACGCUGGGGGAGUUUUUGAUGGCGGAAUAA